CCAUGGAUUUCAACACCGCCACCGAAAAAGCGAAAGCCUUCACCAAGCGCCCAACCGAUGAAGAGUUCUUGGAAUUCUACGGUCUCUACAAGCAAGCCACCGUUGGUGAUGUGAACGUUGAGCGCCCUGGUGCAUUGGACUUGAAGGGCAAGGCUAAAUGGGAUUCAUGGAACAAACACAAGGGUCUGUCCAAGGAAGAGGCAGAGAAGGCUUACAUUGCCACCUAUGAGAAGUAUGCACCCAAAUAUGCCUAAAUCGAGCAACUUAGGAGGAAAUUAUAGACUUUUUAUUAUAAAAUAGUACUGAUCUGUGACAAAAAACCCCAAAAAUAUAUGCAGAUCUGUUAUAAUUUUUCAU